CUCACCACAGGAAAUCUGUAUGUGGUUUAAAUGCAAGCCGGAGUCUCUUUUCGCAGUGAGUGUGUGAGGAACAUACAGCAGCAUGUUCAGCCGUGUGGAGCAUCCUGCUGCAGGCUACAGGAAGAUCUUUGAAACAGUGGAGGAGCUGAACGAACCUCUACCUGCUAAGAUCUCCGGUGUUCUACCCUCAUGGCUGGGUGGCAGUCUUCUCAGGAUAGGUCCAGGUCUUUUCGAGGUGGGAGAUCAACCUUUCCACCACCUGUUUGAUGGACAGGCUCUCAUGCACAAGUUUGACCUGAAGGACGGUCUGGUGACCUACUACAGGAAGUUCAUCAGGACGGAUUCGUAUGUGCGUGCCAUGACAGAGAACAGAAUAGUCAUCACAGAGUUUGGCACAGCAGUGUACCCAGACCCCUGCAAAAAUAUCUUCUCCAGAUUCUUUACCUACUUCAGAGGCAUUGAGAUAACUGAUAACUGCAAUGUCAACAUCUAUCCAAUCGGUGAAGACUUUUACGCAGUCACAGAGACCAAUUACAUCACUAAAGUUGAUCCCGAUUCACUGGAGACUUUAAAGAAGGUGGACCUGUGUCAGUACCUCUCAGUCAAUGGGCUGACUGCCCACCCCCACACUGAUGCAGAUGGUACAGUCUACAACAUCGGCAACUGCUUUGGCAAGAACAUGAGUCUGGCUUAUAACAUUGUCAAGAUCCCACCGGCUAAGGAAGACAAGUCAGAUCCCUUACAGAAAUCCCGGGUUGUGGUUCAACUACCCAGCAGUGAGAGGUUAAAACCCUCCUACGUACACAGUUUCGGUAUGACAGACAACCAUUUUGUGUUCGUGGAGCAGCCAGUCAAGAUCAACCUACUCAAGUUUCUGUCGGCUUGGAGCAUCAGAGGGGCCACAUACAUGGACUGCUUUGAAUCCAACGACAGCAUGGGGACAUGGUUCCACGUGGCCACCAAGGACCCAGCCGAGUAUUUGAGCAACCACAAGUUCAGAACGUCAGCUUUCAACAUCUUUCACCACAUUAACACCUAUGAGGAGCAGGGUUUCAUCGUGGUCGACCUCUGCACGUGGAAAGGCCAUGACUUUGUGUAUAACUACCUGUACCUGGCCAACAUAAGGGAGGAGUGGGAGGAAGUGAAGAAAGCAGCGAUGAGAGCUCCUCAGCCCGAGGUCAGACGAUACGUACUGCCGCUGGAUAUACACAGGGAAGAGCAGGGUAAGAAUCUGGUGUCUCUGUCCUACACUACAGCAACCGCUGUUCUUCGUAGCGAUGGCACCAUCUGGCUGGAACCUGAAGUCCUCCUGUCGGGACCAAGACAAGCCUUUGAGUUUCCACAGAUUAACUACUCUCUGUGUCGUGGGCAGAAGUAUUCCUUCACUUACGGUCUGGGACUCAACCACUUCAUCCCUGACAGGAUAGUCAAGCUGAAUGUACAGACCAAAGAGACCUGGGUGUGGCAGGAGGAAGACUGUUACCCAUCAGAGCCGCUGUUUGUACCAACACCUGGAGGCACAGAGGAGGACGACGGUGUGCUGCUGAGUAUCGUGGUGAAGCCGGGUGCAGAGAGACCAGGCUUCCUGCUGGUGCUGGAUGCCAUGAAGCUGACGGAGCUGGCCAGGGCCGAGGUCAACACCAUCAUCCCUGUGACUCUCCAUGGCAUGUACAAACCAUGACCUUGACCUUCAUCCUCACCCAGCCUACACACAUGUUACAGUACACCAUCUUUACACCCUGCCAGCAACAGAAAUCAGGAAUGGUCUCCAAAGAGAAGUUUAUUUUCACUAAGCUGCUGCUGAAGUUGAGACUUUAACCUCUUCAAAUAACAUGUUAUUAAUGUUAUUUCCAUUUCUCCUUGGGUUCAAACUUGCUGCUGCUGAGUUAGCUUGGAGCCAGCAGUGUCUGUUAGUUGUAAUGUAGAAGUG